UUUGAUAUAAAAUCAUACUCCUGGCAACACCGCUUUUUGAUGACAAAAAACCGAAAUUAGGAAGAAAUAGUAAAAAAAUAUAUAAAAUACAUUUGUCUGUGCUGUGCUUCAUUCCUGUUUCAAUUUUUAUCCGUGGAGGAUGCCUUCUGCUUCGAACAACAACAAUACUAAUACUACAAAACUGGUGAAACAAACCUCCGUGAAUUUGGUCAAUUCUGGAGGUGUCAGUGGAUCUGGAAAUAAAACAUCUGCUGGUAGUGGUAUUAAGACUACUGAGAAUGCAACAAAAUCUAAUACUACCACAACCAACGAGACAUGUAGUACUAAAGUUGUUAAAGAAAAAUCUAAUAUGGAAAAUUCUUCUGCAACAAACUUAGCAGCACCAAUUGCUCAUAAGGAUGCAGCUAACGAUGCUUUGAAUCCGAUGAAACUGACUUUUACCACGAUCGAGCAUAAAAUACGCAACUUGGAAAAACGAAAGACUAAACUGGAAAGUUAUCGCUCUAUACAGGCCUCAGGUAAAGAACUCAGCUCGGAUCAGCGUGCCGCCGUUGCUAAAUAUGAUGCCGUUAUAGCUACUUUGGAGUUCGCUCGGGACCUUGUAAAGCAAAUGCAGCAAUUCACUAAGGAUGCCGAAAAAGAGCAGAAGAAACAGGCCCGCAAAGAUACGAUUGCCAAAGCUCAUGCAGAGACUGUGAAGAUCCGCGAAGUAUUAAUUAUACAAAACAUCUUAUCUUGCUUUACGGAUGAUGCAGUGCGCAACGAUUUUCUUAGCGGAGAGAACGGGGCCACUAAACUCCAAGGUUCUGAUUUAGCAAUAGUAGAGAAAUUCUGCUUUGAUGUCCAAACCCGGCGGCCGGAAACAUCGGAAGACGUUCCUUUUGCUACAACAGCUCAAAAAGCGGCCGAAGUAUUUUCUAUGACCAUAGAUGGACGACCUAAGCAGUAUGGUGAGACUACUUACGAGAAUGUACGUCGCAUUUUUCAGCGCAUACAAGAAUCAAAUUACCUGGAUAAAAUUUAUUUGACCGAUAUACCCGAGCCAGAAAAUAAUGCCGCCGAGGAUGAGUCAUUAGUUGAACAAAUUGUCUCGGAUAAUGAAGAAACAUUACAAAAUCAGGAUAAAGAAAUUUCGCCUAAAGAGGGCGUUGAAAAAUUAAUAUGUGAUGCGGCACCGGUUAGCGGAGCAAGUGAAACUCUUGAAACAGCAUUAGUAACUUCUCAGACACAACCAAAAAUCGGCGAACAACCGGAAGUACAGCAAAAGCAGUCACAACAGUCGCAAUCUACUGCAAUAUCGAGUUUGUCGGGAACUCACGGACAGCCUAUAGUGCAAACACCAAUGGCUCCACCUGCUACGGCUGUACCAGCAUUUCAAGCAGGCCCGACACCCCAAGCUCCUUCGGGGGCUACUACUCCCGUUCAUGUGACAAUGUUUUCCCAUCAAGCUUUACAAGCACCUACACAACAAGUAACGCAGCUUACCGGGUCUGGUUUAAUAUCGGGAGUUCCUCAAAGUCAAACUGGGCAAAUUUUACCAGGCAUACCUAAUCAACAAACAGCUGCUCAGCAACCAAAUAAACGGCGUCAAAUGUUAAAUAGCCCUGCUGGGGGAGCUUCGGGAACUGUACCGCCAAUUCAGCAUAUGCAAGGUAGUGCAACGGAACAGGCACCUCCCCCUGGUCAUUUUAAUCCGCCUACUGUUCAUACGGUGGAGCAAAGCUUUUUCAAACAGCAUCCACAGCAGCAACAUCAUCAAUUUCUGCAGCAAAUUCGGCCCUUAGCCGAAGUUAUUGGUGGUGGUAAUUUCUACUUUCUGCAAGAUAGCGAACUAGAUUCGCCCGAUUUAAAUGUGGGUCAAGCGGUAGUUGGGCCGCAACAGAAUAGCAUAAUAUUCGAUCAACAACCGCCACAACAACAGCAAACAUCACAAGCACAGGCCAAUCCAAUUAAUCAGCAACUGACACAGCAAAAGUCACCACAGCAGGCACAAAAUCUUCUAAAUCACAAUGAACAGGAUUCUCAGACUUGCGCACCAAAGCAACAGCAAACACCGUUAGGUACACAACAGAUUACGCAGCAUGCACAGCCAUUGCCACCGCCAUCACAACAGCCGCAGUCGCUUCAAACUCAUAUACAAUCCCAAACAUUCACAAAUCAAUCAUUCCCACAAAUAACACCACAGGCUAACUUAGGUAGUAACACGGCGAGUCCAUUGUUCCAGCCACAAAAACCACCUACUAACGCUCAACAGCUGUUCUCACCAGUUGCACAAGCUUUACAACCAUCGCAGCAGCAACCGCCGCAAUUAAUGUUGGUUAACGAACAACAACCACAGCAACCAAUGAUGAUUAUGGCACGAUUGGGUGCAACUCAAGGAACUACAAUGUUACCACAACAAACUUUAAAUCAACCACCACAAUCCCAGUUAACUCCCACUUCACAUAAUUUAGUAAGCGGCAGUGGCAUUCAGUCACAUCAGCCAUCACUAUCAACAGUUGAUGUUAAUCCUACUUCCAAGAAUUCCGGAUUUCCUUUUGAAAAUCCGGUGGUUACAGGUUUGACCUCAUAUGACCAGCAAAUACCACAACAAUUGCCUGCUUCAGCAGAAGAGCAAAGCAAAAUAAACUCCCAAAAUGCCAUAAUUAAAGUAGACAUUAUUACUGAAUGGGGCGAUUCUAAUCUGAAGAACAGCUCUGCUGUUUUAUCGCCCAAUGCAAAUGUUGAUUUGAAGCCAGCUGUAAUUGAAGGGAGCACUUGGAGUAGUGAGUUAAAUGCAAACGCAAAUACUAGUAAUGCUAUUGCGCAACAGCAACAACAAACACGCAAAAAUGAAUGGACUUCAUCAUCAGCCGCUGCAGCUGGUGAUGCCAGUGGUUAUGGGAGUGAUAAUCGCCCUGAAACCAAUCAUUGGCAUUCGCAGCCAGAAUCGGGGGGCUAUGGCCGAGGUUCACGGACAACUGGCAACAGCGGAGGAAACUACCCUCGUAGAAGUGAUGAUAGACGUCCCGGUGGUAGCAUGGGCAGUUAUCGCGGUAGUCGUUCCAAUUACGGUCAGGCAGGUCAAUCAAACGGUAGUGGCUCACGUGGUGGUGGCAGUGGUGCCAUGUACUUCCGCAAUCAUGAUAAUUCCAACAAUAGUUCGUAUUACCAAAAUGGCAGCGGCGGUGCUAGUGGAGGAGCCAGUGGAGCUAGUGUGUACGGCGCCAAUAAGGACUCUCGUUAUGAUACAGGAUCAGGAGGAGGGAACAAUUACCGAGGUCCUAGGGGUGGUACUAGCAGUGGACCGAACACUCGCAACAAUGGACCACCACCUCGAUCUUUGGGCACUAGUCGCAAUCCCGGCGGCGGUAUAAGCAGUACUAGCUCUUCAGCCUCUUACAUAAAUUCGCGGCAGUCCACUAAUCGUAUGUCGUUAGGUUUGGAAAACAAAAACUAAAUUAUAUUUGUUACUGAAAAUUUGCUCCUACCCCCAGCGAAUCGCAAUGCAUUCUUAUACAAGCAAAUAAUACAAAAACCAAUAAAUAUGUAGGAUUAAUUUGAGAACUUUUAUCACAAAA